AUUUCAAUAUAUAAAUGAAGCUUCUUUUGCCCUCCAGUGUUGUCCAUCAUCUACUCAACCCACACUCAUUUUCAAGUACUUCAUCAACAUUCAUUCUUUUUUAUUAUCAUUUCCAGUUACUCUCUGAGUAUCACGCUCGCUCACUUAUUCUUCAAGAUGAAGCUUUCCACCAUCCUUCUAGUUCCCGCCAUGGCCAUCACGCCUGCCCUUUGCGCAACAAAGCUUGCCAACCAAGGGACAGUUUCCUUCGACUGUGACGAUAUGCCCGAGGUCUGCUUGAACAUGUGUUUUGGAGUCCACUGCAGAAAUGGUCGAUACAGCAGGACUUUUACCUACGAUGGGGCUGCGAAGAACACACUACAGGCACGCCGCAAGGCUGCUGGGUGUGGCCAGAACAACCGUUGCUCGCAGUUACCUCCAUGGAAGGGUACAGGCACGUCUUGCGAUGAGUUCCCAUUUGCAAACACCAGAGAGGCAGACCAAGGCGGACAAUACAACCGUUGUGUUCCGGGAGGUCAGAACAACAGACAGGGAGGUAGACUCGCUGGCUUCCUCAACCGGGUGAAGGCCAAGAAGGGACCUAAAGAGGAGACGGCUCCAUACCUGUACAACAUUGCUUUCUUGAACAUCGGCCAGAUACAACAUUGUUCCGCCGCCGCACCCAAUCCGUGCGACGCCGACGCCAAUUUGUGGAUGGGCCGGGUACCAGCUAAAAACGGGGGUCCCUGGCAGCCCCGGGCCCGCAGGAGUGCUGCAAUGCAGCCAACUUUCAACCACUACAUUUCAAAGAGAGGAGAAUUCUUCACCUCGGCCGCAGAAAUGUCACCAGGGGAUAAGCUCUACCACCCCUACAUGAUCCGGGAGGCGGAGGCAAAGCUUAACGCAACCCUCGAUGAAGAUGCUCGAAAUGCAAUUUACGCCGACCCGGACAGCUAUGACCUGAUCGAAGAUGAGAUGGAGCGUAUUGCAACAGGCGGUGAGAUCCUGAAUGCUACUUCCACUUCCACUUGA